AUGACGUUCACACUUGUCCGUCUUCCCAGGCACACAGCACUAGGCUGGCAGGCAAGAUAGAGAGAAAAAGGCUGCGGCGCAUGCGCUGAAUAGCGGAUCCUGAGGCUCCCCAUCACACAGCUGCCUAAUAAGUGUAUGAGCUGCGUCUCGGCCGCCUCUUCUAACUGGAGUCUCAGGUGUCCUCGUCUGUUUCGGGCCCGAAUGUCUGACGCUUCUACUGGAACCGGGUCCGCUUGCAGUUAUUGGCCAUAAGGCUCAAAAGUUAACACCAUAGUCAUGGGCUCCUGAUGGGCAGGCGUAAAAGCAUCUGUUCUGAAAAGGCAUCCCAAAUGUGCUUCCUGUUUGCUUUAUGGCAAGUGUAGGUGAUCGUCUGAUAUUGCAGGACAUAAUGACAAUGUCCAGUUUAGGUGACCUCUCUCAGGAGGGCACAGGUAUGGUUGCUGAACAGCCUAUUGCCACACUGCCAGGCACUACAUCUCCUACCAGUCCAAACUUCUCUAGGAUACCAGAAGAGAUUCCUUUCACUCUAGAACAGCCUAUGUUCCUUAUGACAACCACUGCUCAGGCCAUCUCGGGAUUCUUUGUCUGGACUGCACUACUUUUAACCUGUCACCAGAUCUAUAUGCACCUUCGCUCUUAUAGCUGUCCCAAUGAACAACGACAUAUUGUACGGAUCCUCUUUAUUGUCCCAAUAUAUGCCUUUGAUUCGUGGCUCAGCCUCCUCUUCUUUACCAAUGACCAGUACUAUGUUUAUUUUGAUACAGUCCGGGAUUGCUAUGAGGCUUUUGUUAUAUACAACUUCCUAAGCCUUUGCUAUGAAUAUCUUGGUGGAGAAAGCAAUAUCAUGACUGAAAUUCGAGGGAAAACAAUUGAAUCCAGCUGCAUGUAUGGUACAUGCUGCCUGUGGGGAAAGACUUAUUCCAUAGGCUUCUUGCGGUUCUGUAAACAGGCAACUCUGCAGUUUUGUGUGGUUAAACCCCUGAUGGCAAUCAUCACUGUCAUACUUCAAGCUUUUGGAAAAUAUCGGGAUGGUGAUUUUAACGUGGCCAGUGGUUACCUCUAUGUAACAAUUAUUUACAACAUCUCGGUCAGUCUUGCACUCUAUGCUCUGUUUCUCUUCUAUUUUGCAACACGAGAGCUUCUUAGUCCUUACAGCCCUGUGCUCAAGUUCUUCAUGGUGAAGUCGGUCAUCUUCCUUUCCUUCUGGCAAGGAAUGCUUUUAGCUAUACUGGAAAAGUGUGGUGCUAUCCCAAAAAUCAAUUCAGCUGAGGUUACUGUGGGUGAGGGCACCAUUGCCGCCGGCUACCAGAAUUUUAUUAUUUGUGUAGAGAUGUUCUUUGCAGCCGUAGCGCUACGUUAUGCUUUUACUUACAAAGUUUACUUAGACAAAAGGCUUGAUGCUCAAGCUGUUCCAAACUACGGUCCAUAUGGGCGCUGUGCCCCCAUGAAGAGCAUUUCCAGCAGUCUGAAGGAGACCAUGAAUCCUCAUGAUAUCGUUCAGGAUGCCAUCCAUAACUUCUCCCCAGCCUAUCAGCAGUACACACAGCAAUCCACCUUGGAGCAGGGCACAACUUGGCGCAAUGGACAAAUCAUCUCUCGCUCUCAGAGUCUAUCAGGAGCCCGUGAUACAGAGAAGACUCUACUCCUGAGCUCUGAUGAUGAAUUCUAAUCUAGGAGAAGAGACAGCCUGACUUUAAUAAAAGAAACACAGAUAACAAUAGUUUGACUGAAAGACUAUUUUCACAUUCUUUUAACCAAAUCCUGCACAGAUAAUUCUUCAAUUCUCAAUAUACACUUACUAUCAGUGCAAAAUAGACUAGACUAAAAAGUAAAAAAAAUACUAUGAUAAACUAGGUUUGUUGCAGGUUAAUACUUUGCUCUUUGUAUAAGUUGACUAUUUUUUCCACAAUCUUGUUUCUUGCUGCCAAUUUCAUAACAUUAUGUAGCAGUAAUUGCUGUACUCAAAAGCAAAAUGCUGCUCAUUGAAAUGCUGGAUUUAGGAUUUACUUUUAUUUAUAUUGGUUGUGAGGUUUUGUGCUCUUUCUUCUCAUGUGAACACUGGUAGAUGUUGUUUUUUUUUUUUUUUU